UUUCACGCCGAAUAUUGUGUAAUUUAACACCUGACGCACCGCCAGCUCUGUUUCUUUAGAUAUUGUAUUUUUUUCUGUUUUUAAACGCAGUGUUUGAUAUGUUUAAAGCCUCGUUGGUAUUCAUUCUUCAGCCGCGUUCAGUGGAUGUAGCGGCUACAUGGCGAACUCCAUAACAAAUGUUCCCAUUUCAUUUAAUUUGCUCGUGUACAAGGUAAAACUGAGGACGUCGUCGAUAAAACAAAAACUCGUGAAUGGUGGAGAACAGCUCUUUAAUUCGGCUUGAGUGAAACGAGCAAACAAAUACGUAUUAGCCUGACAUUUUAACAUUUGUCCGCAGUUAUCUAAAUUAGCCGCAGAGCAGCGUUAGCUAGCAGUAAGUUGACGCUGACAUGUUGACAUGCGUUGAAAAAGGGGCAGAGUUUUGUUUAAGUUUAUAUUUGGUGAACAGUCACUAAUUUUGAGAGAGAGAGAGGGAGAAAAAAAGCUUACUUCUCUUCUGCUGUAACUGCACCUGGCAGCCAAAAGCGGUGUGCAGUCAUGUGGCCUGUCGUGUGGACGGCGUUGCGGACCUACGCUCCUUACGUCACCUUCCCGGUGGCGUUUGUGGUGGGAGCGGUGGGGUACCAUCUGGAGUGGUUCAUCAGAGGGACCCCCAAACCCCGGGAGGACGAGAAGGGCAUCCUGGAACUCAGGGAGGAAAGAAAGCUGCAGGAACAAGUGGGCAUGGACAGCACCCAGGUGCUCAGCCUGAAAGAGAAACUGGAGUUCACGCCGAAAGCAGCUCUGAACAGGAACCGACCUGAAAAGAGCUAAGACACGUUGGUGUGAUAGACUUUUGUCCUGUCAGGAGAGAACACUGGGAACACGCGGCGUGAAGCAGAGGGGAAAAAUCACUCGUUCUUUCAACUCACCUGAACCGUACUUGUUCACUUCUGACUACCAGAAGGCAUCAGCUUGCCCGAGGCGAACACUGGACACUUUUUAGUAGCUGGAGUAAAACAACUUGUCUUCUGUUAGAUCAAAUAAACCUUACAUGUGCUGUAUGUGACCAUUCAAUUGAUUGUUAGCUUAUGUGAUUGCAACUCAAGCUUGCCACUGUAUUAGAACACCUUCAUUAUGGAACUAUUGGGUGUUUAAAACUUUGAGGUUUGAUGUUAUUUUCCUCCGAUUCAGAUAAAGGAAGGACAUUGUUGAACAUUAAAGCCUGGUUGUGGCACUGUGACUUUUAAUGUGACUUCUUUCAUCAAGUCACUUUCAUGUCAUCCCAUAAAAACGAUUUUCAUGCUACAAACCUCCCGCAAAGUGUUUCUUCCACAAUAUGUUCCGUGUUUAAGAAGGGGACCUCUGGUUGUGAACAUAAAGCGGAAAAGAAACACGGCUCUUUGUAGUAGUUCUUUGUAUCUCGCGUAACCUUGGAUGGUAUGUGACAAAAUAAGCCAGCAGUGUGGGAGGUCCCUCAGGAAGUUUAAGCUGCUUUGUCAUAUUGUCUGAAGCAUGUACAUGUACAAUACUUUCAUUUUAGAAAGUCUGGAUGGUUUGCACCGCUAUGAGCUUUAACUGUGUGUUACUGAAGAUUAUGAGGAUAAAGGAAACUUGUGUUUUUAUGCUGAUUGAUGUUUUAAGUCAUGUUGAAACCCUCUAUUAAGAAUUAUCUGAAGGGACAUUUAUUGAAACAGAAUAAUAAAACUUUUGAGUUUCA